CUUAAUCUCACGUCUGUCAAACGGUCGUGAAUUUUCAGAAGAUGUGAGACUUCGGGAAGUGGGCACACCAAAAAGAUUGCAUCACGAACAUUCGCAUGAUGCCUUGACGUUUAAAAUAUAUUACGACCUCCGAUGCUCCGAUUUAUUUGUGGUAACGACGAAAAGGAAUCUGUCGGUAAAGGAAAUAAUCAGUUCAUACAGCAAUGGCCACGACAGAAGGAAUCACGAUAGAGGAGCUCAGGAUUGAAAUCGAGAGACUUUCACGCGAAUUAGAUUUAGCUUCUACAGAAAAAAUUCAAUCUGCUCAAUACGGUCUUGCUUUGCUCGAAGAGAAGUCUGCUUUACAACAAAGAUGCAACGAUCUCGAGGCCCUCUACGAAAACACGAAACACGAGUUGGAAAUCACGCAAGAGGCUUUAGCAAAAUUUCAGACUACCACAAAAUUAACUACAAAAAGUGGUAUUGAACAAGAAGAGACUCUUCUUAAUGAAAGUGCUGCAAGAGAAACAUCUCUUCAGACACAAAUUAUUGAAUUAGAAAAUGAAACAAAACAAUUACGUCAUGAAUUAGAACGUGUACAAGCAGAACGUGAUCAUGCAUUACAAGAACGAGAGGAAGUUGGAAAAGAUCAUCAGCAAGCAGAAACAGAAAGAAAAUCCUUACGUACUAUGUUACGUGAAUGUAGAUUUCGUGAAGCUCGACUUUUACAAGAUUAUUCAGAAUUGGAAGAUGAGAAUAUUUCAUUACAGAAACAAGUGUCUGGUUUACGAUCCAGUCAAGUAGAAUUUGAAGGUGCUAAACACGAAAUAAGAAGAUUAACAGAAGAAGUGGAACUUUUAAAUAGUCAAGUUGAAGAAUUAACAAAUUUAAAAAAAAUUGCUGAAAAGCAAAUGGAAGAAGCACUCGAAUCCUUACAAGCUGAGCGGGAAGCAAAGUAUGCUCUUAAAAAAGAAUUGGAUCAAAGAAUUAAUAGUGAAUCAAUUUAUAAUCUUAGUAAUCUUGCGCUUUCAAUUCGAGGAAUUACAGAAGAUCAAACUAUAUGUAGUGAUGGAGAAGAUGAUUCUCCUGCAUUACGUAGAAUUGAAGCAGAUUUAAAAACUCAAGAACCAGGUACUUCUGCUACUGAUAAACAAGUUGAUUUAUUCUCUGAGAUUCAUUUAAAUGAACUGAAGAAAUUAGAAAAACAAUUAGAACUAGCAGAAUCUGAAAAAGCUCAUCUUACACAAAAUUUACGAGAAUCGCAAUAUGCAGUUGAAAAAAGUCAAAAUGAAUUACAGUCCUUUGUUGCACGUAUAGUGCAAUUAGCAGCUCAUGUGCAAUCACUCCAUCAUCUUCACUCAAAGUUACCUGAGAAACAAACUGAAGAACCAACAUUAGAUAAAUUGAAUCAGGCAAUUAUGCAAUAUCAUCAAUGGAGUACUAUGUCUGCACGUGAAGUGAAUCAACUUCAAAAGGAUUUAGCUGAAUUAGAAAAUGGUUUAACUAUAUCUGAUUCAACUCAACAACUACGAACAGAAUUAACAAAUCUCAGAAACAAGAUCCCUGAGUCAGAGAAGAGCCUUCGAGAAAAGCUUUUAGAUACAGAACAAAGAAGCAUACAACUUGAAUCCGAUAUUUCUAUCCUUUCAAAACUUGCAGUAGAAGCCGGUGGUUUUCUGGAUUCUGCACAAAAUGAUUUACAAAAUAUUUCGGAUGAGCUUGCACAACUUUAUCAUCAUGUUUGUACAGUUAAUGGAGAAAUUCCUUCGAGGGUGGUUCUCGAUCAUGAAAAGAUUGUUCCCGAAAAAGAGGAAGAAAAUGGAAAAAUAGAAUGGUGUCGGACUUUAUUUAAAACCGAUAUCCAAAUUAAGGAUUUAGAAAGUUUAAGUAAAGCAAAAGAAAUUGCGAAACAUAUAGAAACCGCGAUAGAUCAAAUAAAACAUCUUCGAAGUGCUGUAGAGCAUACAAUUGAACUUUCCAAAGUUAAAGGAAUGCAAUCGAAUGUUUGCAACGUUUGUGAAGGAUCAGUAAAUGAGAAUAAAGUGGAAGUAGCAGAUUUACAAGAACAAGUAAUUAGAUUGAAGGCUUUGCUCUCGGCUAAACGCGAGCAAAUUGCAACUUUAAGAACAGUGCUUAAAUCGAAUAAAAAUACUGCGGAAGUAGCACUUACAAAUUUGAAGAGCAAAUAUGAAAAUGAAAAAAGCAUCGUUAAUGAAACCAUGUUAAAACUAAGAAAUGAACUUAGAAUGUUAAAAGAAAAUGCUGCAACAUUUUCAAGUUUACGUGCGAUGUUUGCUGCACGUUGCGAAGAAUACGUCACACAAGUUGAUGAACUGCAACGUCAAUUAGCCGCAGCAGAAGAUGAUAGAAAAACAUUGAACUCACUAUUAAGAUUAGCGGUGCAACAAAAACUCGUUUUAACUAUGAAAUUGGAAGAGCUAGAGGUCGAUAGAGAGUUGCGAAAUACUCGAAGACAUGCUACUAGUACAAGUGGCCGAGGUAGAAUGCGAAUGUCGCAACAAACAAACCGUCCUCAUUUAGGCAGAGAAUUUUUCUAGAAAAUGAUGAAGAUGUGGAGCAAGCUAUUCUGAGAAAAACAAGAAUUUUAAAUAUUUUAAUCUAUUACUAUUCAUUAUUGAAUUAUAUUGCUACAAAAAAUUAAUUAUACCUUUUAAAAUUACUUUUUAAAAAUGACAAAAAUACUUUAGCAUU